AUGGAAAAUGACAAGAAACUGAACGAGACAGAGUUGGAGAAGACGAUGAAUAGGAAAGAAACGGAGGAGCACAGGAUGAAGAUGCUGGAGAGAUUGAGGAAAUUGAUGGAAAUGAACACGAGGGAGAAGGAAUUCCAGCCAUUGAUCGACGCGAUCUUCGACGUCAUCGAGGAAUGGACGUACGUCGAAUUCCUCUUUAUGAGUCUGGCUGGAAUGGUUCGCAAAUGAGAUCGCAUUUAAACUUACCUAGUUCAUUUUCAGAGUUACGCGCUGAACGAUGCUUACGAAGACUGUGAAAAUGUGAUUAGAGGGAGAAGAAAGAUGGAGGUUAGUACACUUACAAAUCGGCGGUCUAAAUGUAGUCGAUUGUGUGUUCUCCAGCGAAAAAUCAAAGAAAUUGUGGAACUUCACAAUCGAAUCGAGGAAACCGCGGAGAAAAUACUCGAAACAUUUGACAGUCUGAUGGAUUUUGUUGAGAUGGGAAAGAGUGAAAACCAGCAGAUAAAAUUGACUCUGGUGCUGGAAUGCAUGAAAAAAGUUCCGUUUUGGGCAAUCAGGGCGAGUUUGAUAAUGAUAUUUUCAAUGGAAUUCUAUUUUUUAGAACAAUGUAACGGACCUGGAGAUCAGAAAAGUGAAGAAGCAAGUGAGCGAAGUGAGGGAACAUCUCUUCCACGUGAAACUCUUCCAAUUACGGCCAAAAAUUUCGGUGCGGCAGCAAUUGAUAGAGAAUGUGAAGCUUCUGGAAUAA